AUGAGACAGCUGGAUGAUUCUACAUUUGUAGAAAUGUUAAAAAGAAUCAGAGUAGGAGUGACAACUCAAUCAGACAGAGAUAUACUGUCUAACCGAUUGAUACCUCUGCUCUCGCAUUCCAAUAAAGGAAGGUUAAUGGAAAUAGCACAAUGUUUGAGGGACUUACCAGAAGAUAUUGUUUGUUUACUACCGACUAGAAAUAUGUGUAUGCAGUUAAAUGAUGCAAUGUUAAAAGCGAUUCCGCACCCCGAGAUGAAGUUAGUUGCUAAAGAUUCCUUGGAUUGUUCAAAAUGUAUGAUAACGAAAGCUCGGGCGUGUUUACAAAAAUAUGAAGAUGAUGCGUCGAUGACUGCUGGACUGGAAGAAACUAUAGUUAUUAAAGAGGGAGCUAAAGUAAUGCUUAGGAGAAAUAUUGAUGUUAGUUUAGGUUUAGUGAAUGGAUCGAUAGGCGUUGUACAAAAAGUGAGGUGGGACCCGGAAGACCGAACAAAGCCUAAACAAUUGGUAGUCAAAUUCGCUAAUAAUUUGAUUCACGAAUUAUUGCCUAUUAAGUCAAAAUUUGAGAUCAUACCCCGGGCAUACGUGUACAGAGAACAAUUCCCAAUCUGUGUGGCGUAUGCCCUAACAAGUCACAAGAGCCAAGGUCUAAGUCUAAAAAUGCCCUCAUGGACAUUGGCACCUCCAUAUUCACUUGUGACCAAGCCUACGUGGCGCUUUCACGAGUAA